GUUCCCCAGCUUUGAGCAGGAGGCUGGGCUGGGAUCUCCCGAGCUCCCUUCCAGCCUGGCUCACUCCAUCAUUCUGCUAAACUGAUGUUACAUCUGUCUUGCUCAAUGGCAGCAAUGCAAUUUCUUUAGAAUAAGGCAAGAAAAAGGCAUUUUGCAUCUAAUGGAGCGAGCCUGCAUGUGCCUCUUUCUGCCUUGCUGAGUUCAUCUAAUUUUUCCCUCACUUUACUUAAUGAGCAUCUUGAUUUUCUUCCCCUUGAAGUUAUCAGAGCAGUCUGAUAACCUCAUAACUGCAAUCUCCUACCUGCAAAGUGCUCUGUAAACAUUAGCCUGUGCUCCUUGUCAUAUAUUUUCAUUAAGUGGCAGCAGCUGGGUGUUAUCAUUCCCAGUCUCUUGGCCAGCUUCCCAGCUCCAGUGGAGAUUUCCAUUUAUCCUUUGCCCAGCCUUGUGCCCUCUCCAGAUUCUCCAUUCAGCAGCGAGUAACGGGGCUGUGGCAGCACACCUGCCGUGGCUCAGCUGUAUUUGGGAUCACACCUGAGCCUUCAGCCAGGGACUGGGAGGAGUGCUGGGACACAGGUGACUUUUGCUCCUUCCCAGCUAAUUUGUUAGCCCAGCCCUCAGGGACCAAACUCCAGCCCCAUCCUCCUGGCCAGCGUGGAAACCACCAGGGAAUCCCAGCACAGACCUCAGGCUGCUGCAAAGAAACUGCCACCAGGAGGGUGGAAGGAGCAGGCAAGCAGGAGGAGGAUGGCAGAAAUGGAGCUGAGUAAGACGUGUCCCCUCGUGAAUGGCAGUGGUGCAGGAAGCCAGGACAGCACCUGGACCCGUCCCAACCUGCCCAGCAAAUGCACCUGGACAGCCACAACGCCUGCCAGCAGCUCUCCACACUCCUGCAUUCCCCUGACAGAAGAAAAGAAAAUCUUGCCCAAUAUCCUCAAGAAAAUUGGCUGCACCCCAAUGGUCCGGAUCAACAAGAUUGGGAAGUCCUAUGGGCUCAAGUGUGAGCUCUUGGCCAAGUGUGAGUACUUCAACGCUGGGGGCAGCAUAAAGGACCGCAUCAGCCUCAGGAUGGUGGAGGAUGCAGAGAGAGCUGGGAUUAUCAAACCAGGAGACACCCUGAUUGAGCCCACUUCAGGAAACACAGGGAUUGGGCUGGCACUGGUGGCUGCACUGAAGGGUUACCGCUGCAUCAUCGUCCUGCCAGAGAAGAUGAGCAUGGAGAAGGUGGAUAUUCUGAAGGCACUGGGUGUUGAAAUCGUCAGGACCCCCUGCACCCGCUUUGAUGCCCCCGAGUCCAACAUCCGUGUUGCCUGGAAGCUGAAAAGUGAAAUCCCAAACUCCCACAUCCUGGACCAGUACAGAAACCCGAGCAACCCCCUGGCUCAUUACGACACCACGGCUGAGGAGAUCCUGGAGCAGUGUGAAGGCAAGGUGCACAUGGUGGUGAUUGGGUCUGGCACAGGAGGCACCAUCACUGGUGUGGCCAGGAAGCUGAAGGAGAAGUGCCCAGAGUGCAAGAUCAUUGGCGUGGACCCUGAUGGCUCCAUCGUUGCUGUGCCCAGUGAGCUGAACAGGACCAACACCACCACCAUCGAGGUGGAGGGCAUUGGGCACGACUUCAUCCCCACUGUCCUGGACAGAGCAGUGGUGGAUCAGUGGUACAAAAGCAACGACAGAGACUCGUUCCUCAUGUCCCGCAGGCUGAUCAGAGAGGAGGGGCUCUUGUGUGGUGGCAGCUCGGGCAGUGCCAUGUCCGUGGCUGUGAGAGCUGCCCGGGAUCUGGAGGAAGGGCAGCGCUGCGUUGUCAUCCUGCCCGACUCUGUCCGGAACUACAUGUCCAAAUUUGUGAAUGAUAAGUGGAUGAUAAAGAACGGGUUCCUAAAUGACGUCCAGGAGCACAAGCCUUGGUGGUGGAACAUCAAGGUGCAGAAACUGAAUCUCUCAGCCCCUCUCAUUCUCCUCCCAGAAGUCAGCUGUCAAAAGGCAAUUGAGAUCCUCCAGGAGAAGGGAUAUGACCAAGCUCCUGUUGUUGCUGAGUCAGGGCUGAUUUUGGGGAUGGUGACCCUCAGCAACACGCUGAGCUCCGUGCUGGCUGGGAAUGCAGAGUUCUCAGACCCUGUCACCAAGGUCACCUACGACCAGUUCUCAAAGAUUGGCCUGGAGGACAGCCUGGGGAAGCUUUCCUGCAUCCUGGAGAACGACCACUUUGCCAUCGUUGUACAUGAGCAGAUGCAGUUCGAUGGGAAUGGCAGCUCCUUCAUGAAGCAGAUGGUGUUUGGUGUGGUGACAGCCAUGGACCUGCUGACCUUUGUCAGCAGGAACGACAAGAAGCAGCAGCUCCCUCCUCCAGCAGCUCCAGCUGUGCCCCUGUGCCCAAACCUGGGCAGGGCAAACCUGAGCCCAGCCCAGCCAGCAGCUCCUCCAAAUGCCUAGGUGAAAGUCCUGAUGUAUUGUAUUUGUCUGCCAAAUGCACCCACAGUGUCACUGGAGAGAUAAUUAAAGAAAUUGUGUUUA